AUGUCUGAUGCAGACGCGUCCUCGCGUCUGCGUUCUGGCAUCAUGACGCCUAGCUCCGAGGGAAGCCUCCAACACAAUGGCCAAUCCUCUGCGACGCCAGACAGCCGGAAACGAAAGCGGGAGAGAUCACUGGCGACAGAUCACCUCUUAAGACCGCCGAUUGACCUCAAGCCCUACCCUCCGAACCUUCACGUCCCACCACGUACUCUGCACCCCUUAAUGCUUCUUCCGCGCCAAUACGUACCUCUCGGCUCUUUCGAUUUUCUCGCACCCUAUGGCGACUUACCACAGAGCCGCUUUUUUGAAUCGCGGAUCAAGAUCCUGGACCUGGAAAGUCGGAUGGGAACCAGGCCAAGCUUGCUACUCGCCAGGAGCGAGCCCAGGGGGGCAGUGUAUGCAGUUGAAAGGCAACAAAAUGGCCUCUAUUCCGUCUGCAAGCUGGGAUCCUGGGUUAGUAUCGACCAACUUGCGGAACAUGCCACCGCGAUUGCUACGGAACGAAUACGGGUACCGAAGGCAGAACCGAUUGAACCGAGCGCACCGUUGCCGUUAACAACACCACAAACGCAUAAGGACGAGAAGCAGAAGAACAAAGCAAUUGAGGCCAUUCAAUCACUUGUCAGGAAACGGUCUCACUCACAGUCUCUGUCAAUUUCAGAAGGAGUUGUGGUCAAACCUGACCCGGCUUUGACAGCCUCCAUGUAUGGAUCUAUGAACGAUGCGAAACCUCUAGAGAAGGUAGAAGAUGUACCUAGGGAUGAUCCUUCCAAGGAAGCUGUGGGUGUUGCUUCCGGUGACCACCAGGAGCAGAUCACUCCGGAGGGAUUUUUUGAGAACAUCCGUUCUCAGUAUUCUGAAACCCUGUAUAAAUCAAAGGGCUCGCUCGCCUAUUUUGCUAAAGGGUCUCUCUCGCGAGCGCGUUCGGCAUUCCUCAUGGAUCUUGAAUCAAAUCUCGACAUGGAAGAGCUGAUUGCCUUCCUGAAGAGUAUGGUUCUCACAACCGUCCAGAUCGAUAAGAAAUUCCGGGAAACGAUACCUGACAUUAUGUCGAAAAUGAAUACGGUGAUAGAAAGUUCCGAUGACGGUCAGAAGCGGCGACGCCGACCCAAGAAGAUGAAACUCAGCAAAGAGGGGUUGUAUCCUCUGGAAGAUGAGAGUAUCCGUGCUUGGUGGUCAAUGAGUAAACCUGAGUUGGAGGAUGAUAAGUCAGGCGACACCAUGUCCCAGAUCAAGUUUCACGCGUCACUGUUACGUACCAGGGAGACUCAGCUUCAAAUGAUACUGAUCAUGGAAAUUCUGGCAUUGGAAUCUGUCAAGGAAACCACUCAGACAACUGAAAGCAAUAGCUUGCCAAUGUUGCCUGGAGCCAUUGGGAACCCCGUUGGAUCUUCGACACCGCCCAUGGCACCUCCCAAAAAACGAAACAAGCACAACCUAUCGGUGCUUAUUGAUGUUCACGCUGAUAGGCUGACUAUCUGGCAAUCGACCGCCUCCGAAGAACAGCUUCUGUUUGAAGAUUCACAGCAAUCGACGCCUCAGAGUCAAACGCCAACUUCAAAAUCCUCACAGGAGCCACUGCGGGACUUUUGCGUCGAUGUUAUUAUGCCAUUCUACAUGGCGCGUCUCCCUCAACUUUGCGAUUCUCUGAAUAGAAAGCUUGGUGGCCCACUGACAAUGUCGCAAUCGAAGCCUAGAUCGCUCAAGAGGCACUCGAGUAAGCAGGAACUGAAACCCGGGGCCGUAGCAAAGCGAACAGCUCGUCACAAGGAGCCUAGAACUUUGGAGCGCGCUCUAUCUUAUGAUCAGCAACGCCGCAGUAUGUCUCGCGGGCCCAAUAAUGCGCUCGCGCUCAUGCGAUCGGCGACAUCAGCUGCCAUCCCAACACUGAAAAAGGAGGAGAGCGACCUUGGGAACUCCGGGCUCGCGAGCCAAUCUCGACCUAGGACAAGCUCUUUGGUGCGCAGUACAAGUAUGGUCGAUCUGCAGGACGCCAAAGCGAACAAGAAGGCGAGAGUCGAGGCAGCGUUAAAGGACGCCAUUUCCAGUAUCAGAAAGCCGGAUCGGAACGUUGUUGGUAAGGCCAUGCAGGAAGAAGCCGAGCGGAAAAUAUCGGCUUUGACUUCAGCUAAGAAAUCUCGGAGGACACUUUGGCCCUCAUCUUCGAGUGCACUGGUCAAAGCAACACCGGCGAACAAUCGCUUUAGGGAUGUACUUGGUACGAAAAAGCCAGACACGUCUGCUGCUAACAUACCAAUUCCAUCCACGGAGAUUAUUCCACCUUCGAGUGUUGGAGGUGUAGGCUCGUCUACGGGGGAGCGCACCGUGCUACGAAACACGACAGGUAAUCGGGGCCUGCUAUCUGUUGACAUUAGCUGUACCCCAACCAAGGGGUACUCCAGGCAGAGGAACAGCAAUGAGCAACCAGAAAUCCCGCCUUCGUCGCCUCUCUUUGACAGGGAUGCGGCCUUGGGAGCGUCGCCAGAUGUGCGUCACACUAGAAAUGAGCCGAUGAGAAAGCUGAGCUUCGAUACCUCUUAUGAGGAUGUGCUGUUUGCAACUCCUAUUAAGAGACAGGCUGCCCAGAAGCCAGCUCAACAGUACAAAGAAUUGGAACCAGCGGCAGAACAACGGACGGACAAGUCUAUAUAUGAUAGGCUUGGCUGGGAUGAUGACUUGGAUGACUUCUAA